AUGGUCAUUCGUCUGCCCAACGCCCUCAGUUAUCUUGUGGAUCAAUUUGCUCAGCACUGUCAUGACGUCUGGGCGCAUGAAUUAGUUGAACAGGGCUAUGUCUACGGCCCCACUCUCGACGAAAGUCGGCGUACCCAUCCCAACAUCCGUCCUUUCCACAGUCUCUCUCAGCACGAGCAAAUAAGAUACAUCCAUCCGGUCACGGAUACGCUGAGGGCAAUGAUGGUGCUUGGAUGGACAAUAGACACUUCAUCUAUACAUCAUGAGGGUGAGGUUGGUUUUCGUCGUCGACGUCCAACACUGACCAUGGAAAAUCCACAGGGCUAUAACCCUGCCCCGAAGGAUCUGCACAGUGUCAAUGUUACACGAGAGUUGAUUGAUUUAGCCGAACGCUUGGCUGACAAUGCCCAUCAGAUCUGGGCCAAGCAAAAGAUGCAGGACCUUGAGGCUAUCGGUGGCGGUGUACAUCAGCUUCUAGUGCCCUACGACAUUCUUACGGACAGGGAACGAAAACGCUAUCGGCGACUGACCCAUGAACUGAUUCGCUACCUCCAGUUCUACGGAUAUCGCUUAAAAUACAAAUCAACUCAGCAGGCCUCUACCGCUGGGGCUGGACCUGGCCCACAGUCUCCUACCCUUGGUCUUCAGGGGGAAAAGGGGGAAGGUCAUCCAUCCUCGCGAUUUGCUUAUGGCCUCUUGAGCAAACUCCUGGAUUAUGUGGAGAGUGCCAUGACAAGCGUGAAGGAGAGCAAGCCCAGCCAACAGUUCAGUCGCAGGCACUCCACUGAACACACCAGUGAGGAGAUGAAAUUACUGGUCAAGGUCGUGUUGCCAUUGGUGGAGCGUUACUUCAAUGUACGGAAGAACUACUUCACGGAUCCCUACUCGGGUGCCUCCAUCGAAGAGAAGAAAAUGGCCGCCAUGCUGUUUUGCAAGCUCUUCACUCUACUACGCCUGAAAACAAAAUGCUUCGGAUCCGACGUCAACGUCACCGUCUCCUGUCUCAAAUGCCUCAUACAGACCAUCGACGUGAAGGCAAUCGUCAAAAUCAGUUACGCUGAGGACUUUGUUCGCGUACGCCUCCUGCCCUUCUUCACCUACUGCGCAGACGAUCUGAAUCUGUGUGUGCGUAACCUCGAGGCCGGACGAUACUCACACAUCAAGGGCACCAUCCGCAGAGGCGCCUGCAGCAUCCACUAUGUCCACAUGAUUCUGCUGCCCACUGUGAAGACUAUGUUUGAGCACAUUAGCAAGACCCUCUGUGGUGAUGAGCUGCUCGUUGGAAAUCUACAGGUCACCUGCUAUCGCAUUCUCAAUGCUCUUUACAUGCUGGGGACAAGGAAUCUGAAGCACACCAGUCGCCCAUUCCUCGGGGACGAGCUGAACAGACAUCGACCUGUCCUGGGAGAAUGUCUGGCGGCGCUGGCCAGCUGCUUCCCCGUCGCCUUCUUGGAGACCGAACUCAGUGCCAACAAUCCUCUCUCCAUCACCUACCACAGUGAAGAGGCCGAUUACAGUUUUGAGGCACGAGGUACUUGCAGAGCUUCAGUAUUCGCGCGAUGUCUUAUACCCCCUCCCACAUGUUCUCCACCAGCUAGGCGUCUUCCCAAGUAA